UCUGGGAAGAUUCGUCGGCUUCAAGUGGGAGACAGACCCCAAACCCCCAAGUCUAUCCGCCGCUCAGGUUGAAAGGGAUGUUCUCCCACAGAGAGAGAGAGUUUUACCGCCCACCCCCCCCGACCCCCUGCCCGGUGAUGCUUGCAGUUUUUUAAAGAUUUCUACAUUUUUCCAGGAUCAGCAGAAAAUGAAGAAAUCCUAUGGAUCCUUGUCAUUUGAGGAUGUGACUGUAGGCUUCACCCAGGAGGAGUGGCAGCAUCUGGACCCUGCUCAGAGGACCCUGUACAGGAAUGUGAUGAUAGAGAACUACAGCCACCUCGUCUCAGUGGGAUAUUGCGUCCCUAAACCAGAAGUGAUCUUCAAAUUGGAACAAGGAGAGCAGCCAUGGAUAUUAGAGGAAGAGCUCCCAGGCCAGAGAUACCCAGAAGUCUGCAAAGUUGAUGACCAACUGGAGCGCUGUCAGGAAAUCCAGGACAUACAUAUCUGGCAAGCUCCAUAUAUCAAAAACCAAAUACUGACUAUAGAGAGAGGUAACAUAUUAGGAAAAGUGUUUGAUUUCAGCAUAGACCCACUUCCUUCCAUAAAAAUACCUUGUAAAUGUGACUUAUGUGGUAUGAGUUUAAAAUACAUUUCAGAUUUAUUUAGUAGUAAGAAAAAUUAUUUAAGAAAGAUGCCUCAUGACCUCAGUGCAUAUAGAAAACUAUUCCUCAAUAGUAACCAUGAAAAAACUCAUAUGGAAGAGAAACGUUAUGAGUUUAUUCGAAUUGGAAAAUGCCUCAGUCAUAAGGAAGACUUCAUUUCAUAUCUGAAAAUUCAAAAUUUAGAGCAAUCUUGAACAUAAGGAAUGUGAGAAAGAUUUCUAUGGAAAGGCAGUUUUCAUUACAUAUAAGCAAGCUUACACAGGAGAGAGUCCUUGUGUACAUAAUGAAUGUAAUAAAGUGUUCUAUAAUAA